UGAUGUGAGUUAGCAGCUGUCAGUGACAUUUCGUUUGCUUCGUGUAAAUCUUGUGAUGUUCGAGUUACGAAUCCGUCUAUUUCAAUGAAUAAUGGUGCACAUUAAUAGAUAAUGUAUAUUUUUUUUUGCUUAUUUUACUGUUUAUCAUUAGAACUGUGUUAAAGUCUUUAUUAUUGUGAUUAUACUUUAUAAUGGAGGAUCUAAACUUGACAGAAACCGAAAUGAGAUAUUUCGGUGAUUUGUUUUUAUGUUGUGAUGAAGAAUCAAACGGGAAAAUACCAAUUUUAAAAGCGACUGAAUUAUUUAGAUCGUCUAAUAUAUCAAAUGAUGCCCUUAAACAGAUCAUGGACAUCAGUGUUGCUCCAAACAAUUGUGCUUCACUAAAUCAUAUGAAUAGAAAACAAUUUUAUUCAGCUUUAAAAUUAAUAGCUGCACAUCAAACUAACAUGAUGUUGAAGCCAGAAUUAGUGUCAGCUUCUUUAGACCUUCCUUUGCCUAGGUUUACAUGGGCACUUAAUUCUGAAGCUAAUGUUGAUCUAAUACAAUUAUCCAAUUCACCAAAGGAGCAACAUAUUCCAAAAGAAAGAAACUUUGUUGGUAAAAUAGGUGCUUACGAGCCAAUUCGACUGUCAUCAAACUUGUCUGACAGUGAUGUUCCUCAAACAUUGUCACAUGAGGCUACAGAGGCAUUGAGUACUGACUCUGAAAUGGAGUCAGAAACUAUGUCUCAAAGAUCAGGAUCACGAGGGCAGCACAGAGGGAAAAAUGGUUCGCCCUGGAGCACUGCUAGUGAGAGUCCCACACCAACAAACAGUGUUGCAGAGCGAGUACAUCCAGUAUGGGAACACAGUGCUACCGGUCGAGGUGUCUGGCCUACUAAUACUGGAGAAGAACAUACAAGGCUUUUGGGUACGGAGGAAGAAUCUUCAGACCGACACUCAUCUGAAGAGGAGGGUGACACAGAAGUUCGCACCGAUCUAUGGGCCAUCAGCGAUGCCCAAGCGCAUCAUUAUGCGGCACAGUUUGCUCAGCUGAGACCCGAGCGAGGGCUGCUUUCUGGACAGACUGCUAGAUUGUUCUUCGAAAAAUCGCGACUUUCCGUUCCGGACCUGCGCAAGAUAUGGCAACUAGCCGACAUCAACAAAGACGGAAUGCUAACUUUAGAGGAAUUCAGCAUAGCGAUGCACCUGAUAGUGCUCAGGCGGAACGACGUGCCCGUGCCUGACUCGCUCCCGGCCUGCCUCGUGCCUAAGGUAGACUCCCGCUUCUCCCAGCAGGCCGUCACCACCAAUCUCGUCGACCUCUGGGCGGACGUGUUCAGCUCCGGCUCCUCCGCGGACUUCGGUUUCGUCAACAAAGCGGAGACGGUGGAUCACUUCGACGGAAAGACACCGAAGAAGCCCGAAGACCGGCAGCCCUCGCUGUCCCCCCCGAAACCGGAACCCCAGGCGAACAAUAAAGAGUGGACCAAGUUCGUCGAUUCGCCGACGUCGAGCGUAUCGAGCCCCGGCCCGAAGCCGGUCAAUUUCGAUUUCCACAAAUCGGCCGUCGAGCGCGAUCCGAAAAUAUACCACCCGGUCGCGUUGCGGGUGACACCCGACGCGAACGCUCUACCGUCCGGGCACGGGGAGGGCGACGUGCGCUCGAGCGCGUCCCCGCGGCGGGACGAGUUCGCGCACGCGUUCGACUCGGCCAGCCCGAUGCGGCUGACCUCGCAGCCGCCGACCGAGCCACCCCCGCCGAACGGGCAGGAGAUCAAGUCGAUCCAGCGCCCGCAGCCGAAGAAGCCGGUGAAGAGCGCGAGCGUGCUGCCGCCGCCGCCGGCACGCGAGCCCUCCGUGCACGCGGACGACGGCCCGCAGUCGCUGCAGUACGCACCCAAGAAGGAGCCGCCCCCGCCCCCGCCGCCGCGCCCCCUCCGCAACCACGCCCGCUCCAGCUCGCUAGACUUGACCAAGCUGAAGGGCCCGCCCCCGCCGCAGCCGCCCCCUCGCACCUCGCCGCCCGCCGCCCGCGCGCCGCCCCAGCAGCGGGUGGAAAACGAGCCGGCGUUCCCUCCGGACGCAUUCGCGCCGCGCGAGUACGAAGGCGAAGGGUUCGGAUAUAACCGCGAGGACGCUCCGAAGAUGCAUGGCGCGUUCGAAGUGUACCGGAAGCCGUCGAGGGAGCCGUCGUGCGAGGCGGAGCCGGACGUGAAGGCGCUGCAGGAGCAGAACGCGGUGCUGCACCGCGUGUGCCGCGCGCUGGUCGCCGAGCUGGCGGACGUGCAGCGGGAGCGGCACACGCUCAAGGUGCGCCUGCAGGCACACGACGCCGCCCUCUAG